GAGGGUUUGCACGCACUGCUGACGGAGGCUGCCAUUCUGCUCUGCAGCGUGAUGACGGCUUCCGUGUUUUGGAGCGCGUUGUCCAAUCACAGACGACAUUGGUGCUCGCGACAAAUCAAAGUAGCUGUUGUUGCCAGGUGAUAGUGUGGUUCAUUCUUCAUGAAGACAAAUGCAGUGAGUAUUGCCUAUCUCCGUUUAUUCAGGUGGAGAUGUUCCGCCAUGUUCUUGGGAAGACCUUGGGGUUUGUGGGUUACACCAUCCAGUAUGGCUGCAUUGCACAUUGUGCCUUUGAGUACAUCGGCGAGAUUGUUGUGUGCUCAGGUCCAUCAAUGGAGCCCACCAUCGUAAACAAGGAUGUUGUUUUCUCGGAGCGAAUGACUCGGCAUCUUUGCAAAAUACAAAAAGGUGAUAUUGUUAUUGCAAAAAGCCUUUUUGACCCCAAUAUGAAUGUUUGCAAAAGGGUCAUAGGUUUGGAAGGUGACAAAGUCUGCACAAGUGGUCCCUCAAACCCUUUCAAGAGUCACACAUAUGUGCCAAAAGGCCAUGUAUGGCUGGAAGGUGAUAACCUUACGAACUCUACUGACUCAAGGAGCUAUGGCCCAGUUCCUUAUGCUCUCAUUCGAGGGCGUGUUUGCUUGAAGCUCUGGCCCCCGGAUAGUUUUGGGACACUCAGUGAAAGUCCGACCAGACGAAUCUCGAAGGACCGGGAUGAUUAUGAUUCAGAUUGACUCUUCAUUUUUGCUGACUUUCUUUCAUUUUUAAAUAAAAUUUAUAUUGUUUGCUUGUGUCUGUAUGUAUCUACACACAUGCUGACAUACCUUUAUAUGUUAUUUGCUUUUCAACUAGGUGUAAUUAAAUUUUUAAAAAUUCAUUUGAUCAGAUACUUGGAUGAAUGGCUGACAAUCUUAACAGGUAAUUUGAUUUUUUUCAAUUUGGUUCAAUGAAGCCAUAAGUAAUUUAAUAGAUUUUAUCAUGUGUUAAACGUGUGGUAAUGGAAACCUACCUUCAAGUUUAGAUUCACUUUUUGGACUAUAAAUCACACCUGGCUAUAAGCCUCACCACCAAAUUUUACAAGGAAAACUGUAUUCAAAUAAGCAGCAUUUGACUAUAAGCCGCAGGUGUCCACAUUGUAUUAUGGGAUAUUUACACCAAAGGAAUGAAACUCAUUAGCCUGUAAAAAUCCGUAAAUAAACCACACUGGACUGUUAACCGCAAGAUUUAAAGCUAGGGAAAAAAAUAAUGGCGCAUAGUCAGAAAAUUACAGUAUAUUUUAAAAAAUGAAUAAAUUUUUAAUUCAUUACAUGAAGACAAACAGAGGAUACGCAGAUACUAAAUGAAAUAAGCCGAAAUAAAAAUCAGCAGGGAAUUUAUUUACUGACUUUUAAUCCAUUUGUGUAAAACCGCUUAAGAUGGAAGAACGAGCAAAAAUCAGCAGGGAAUUUAUUUAGUGUCUUUUAAUCCAUUUGUGUAAAACUGUUUUUAAUAUGUAUCAGCCAAAUUUUUAGAGCAUUUGUAAAUACUAUUACUCUGGAAAAUGACCUUUUAAUUGCAUGUUUAGUACUGUGGCGUAACAAAAGCCCCUUUGAUUAAUUAUUUGUUAGGCUACCAAGGCAAUUGGAAAUAUGUUAACCUUUCAAGCAUACAAUAUUAAUAAGCACUUAGGACUUCCUUCACCAUUGAGGUACAAAACAAUAAACCUUUUAGGUCCACUGAGUACAUCAUUUAUUGUCUAUUUUCAAUUUGAAUACCUUUUUUUCCCCACAUUUGUAUUGUGGAGCCACUAUGUUUUUUAGAAGUGAUGAUGUACUGUGGCACUUAACACACCAGUGUUUUCUGAAUGCUCAAACUUAAUUUUAUUCAGCAAAGUCAGGUUCAUCAUUCACCGCGGGCUGACUUAAGUUUUCUGGG